GCAGGUGGCGCUGGGGGUCCGUGGAUGUCAGCGGUGCUGCGUGUGGAGGAAGCCGCCUGUCGGUGCUGUUUCUGGGGCCUGAGGCUCAGAGGAGCGGGGCCGUCCUCCUCCAUGACUCUGGACAGUCGAUGAAAAAAUCCACCGAGCGGCCAAAGGGCUGGUGAUGCACGACAGCACCGAGCACACUGCGCUCUUCCCCGGCGUGAAACACCCAGGAACGCUGCGGCUGCCGGACAUGGAGCGGGACCUCCUUCAUGGAAUAAACCGUGUGUGCGCUCAUGUGUCCGGACACGAUGCGGGCUGUGGACCGGAGCGGCGCCGGAGCCGCGGUUGUUCUCUGCCUUUUGGGAUACCUCGCCUCCGAAGCUGCAGCCAAAACACUACCGGAGGACACGGCCACGGAAGAAGUGACUCUGAAAGUUCACCUGAGCGAUGCCAGCACUCACCAGCCCCUGGGAGGAGCCACCAUUCAGCUCUUCGCCAACCACACGUCUGUAACCACGGAAACCUCAUCAGCUGAUGGCAACACCUACCUGCGCUUCCCCUAUCGCCUUGGGACACCACUCGUCGUCACUGCAACUAAACAGGGAUAUGUGCCAAACUCUGUGCCCUGGACUCCCUCUAGAUUACCUGUGUUUUCCUCCAUCAGCCUGGACCUGCUCCCAGAAAGAGCUGCUACUCUGAUGGUGUAUGAAGAUGUGGUGGAAAUUGUGUCAGGCCUACAAGGUUUUAGACGUCAGCCUAAUGUUCAUUUCCAGCGCAGAGCUCUGAGCCUUCCUGCCAACACUUCCUAUGCCAACCUGACGGCUCUGCUCACCGUGGCCAGCUCCCCACCACACAUCCAGCACUUCCCCCACCUGCAGGUCCUCAGCGGCAAUGGCACAGGAGCUGAGAAGAACAUUGAGUUGACUCCCGUAGCAGCCAUCUCUGUUCAUCUACUGGCCAGCGACGGUGUGGAGCUGCAAGUGAACGAGCCAAUCACCGUGUCUGUGCCCCUGCCGGCUGACAGCGGCCUGAAGGAAAAUGAUCACAUCCCUGCUUGGAGAUUUGACCCCCGCUUGGGUGCCUGGAUAAAGAGCAGCUGGGGUCAUGUGCAGAAGGAGGGCAACCAGCUCAGUCUGACCUACAUUGCUCCUCAGCUAGGAUAUUGGGUGGCCGCCAUGUCACCACUGCACUCAGAUCCAGUGGUUGCGAAGGAUAUCAGCACAUACCACACUGUGUUUCUAUUGGCCAUACUGGGAGGCAUGGCUCUCAUUCUGCUUUGCCUGCUGUGCCUUCUGUUGUACUACUGCAGGCGUCGUUGUUUGAAGCCUCGAGGGUCUCGCCGCAAGUUCACAAUGUCCUCCGGUCUGGACAGUAGUAAGAGGGACCAAGCCACCUCCAUGUCCCACCUCAACCUCAUCAGCAAUGAGGUGCAGCUGGAACUUGUUUCUACAGCAACUGAGCCUGACAUGACCACACCGAUGCUGAAGCCUUUCUCAUAUGAGCAUCAAGACAAUCAGCGUCAGCACAGCUUAAUCCAUCACAGCAAACACAGCCGCUCCUCUCUCGGCAACAGCCACCAUGGCUCAUCUCUUGGCAACCUGACGCCUCGCAGCAGAGACUACCGGCAGUCUGUGGAGACGUUCCAAUUAAAGGCCGGACUUUCAUCUGGGACAGACCGGGGCUACCGCCAAUCAUACACCUCCGUCUGCUCGUCCAGCAACCCAAUUUCAGAUGCAUUGUCGUCAGCCAUUCAUGGUCAGGUGUCAGCUAACCAGCUGAGCAAUGUUGGGAUUGUUGAUUGUAUCUCCCCUUGCUCUCCUCCCCACUCCCCCAUUAGAGGGGAGGGAGUUGAGUGCAGGGCUCCUGACUACCUUCUGUCCCGGUCUGUGGACCACCUGGAGCGCCCAAGCCCCCCGUUGCUAUCCCGUCCAGGUCAGCUGCUCUGCUGUGGAUCUGUGGACCUCCUGAGUGGGGGAGAAGGAUACCCAAGGGUGCGCCCCACACUGGUGAUCCCAGCACACUACAUGCGCCUUCCUGGGGAGCACCCACUAUCCGGUCAGGCCCUCUUGUUGCAGACUGACCAACAGAGUGACCUGGAGACCAUCCAGGCCGAGCUCAAUGCCUCACAUUCCCAGCAGCCCCUGGGACAAACCCGCACAGACUGCUUGCCAGGUCCCACCAAGCAGGGCGACCGAGAGGGGCGUGGCCUGCCUGAGUCUCUGUCUAUUCCAGGAGCUCUCGGCGAAACAGCUUUAGUGGAAAUAAACAGUGAGGACACCUUGUUGGCUGAAAAGACUUUGAUGGAGCUCAGAGGAGGAAAACCUCUCCCUCACCCACGAGCCUGGUUUGUCUCACUGGAUGGACGCUCCAACGCUCACAUUCGCCACUCCUACAUCGACCUCCAGCGGGCGGGGUGCCAAAACAACAUGCCAGUGUCAGGAGGUCAGCAAGGUGGGAGGCAUGGCAACGGCAAUGAUGCCAGUCUGGACUCUGGCGUGGACCUGAACGAGCCGAGAGUGGGUCGCAGGGGGAGAGAUGCAGAGCGGAAGGAAAGAAGGAUUGAGAGAGACAGGUCGAAGAGCACAACACCAGCCAUGACCUACACUCAGCUGGUGUAUGUGGAUGAUCUGGAUCGAGGAGGCAGCGAGGAGGAGACAUCCAGUUGCAGCCCUCAGGACAUCAAAACAGGACAUGUCCUGUCAGACAAAGCAGUGGGUCAAAGAGAAGAAAUGGGGCAGGGGGAUGUGGAGGGGAAAGGAGUACAGGCGGUACAAAUACAAGAGCAACCCCCAUCACUUUCCUCUUCUUCUCCUGCUUCUCCUCCUCCUCUGCCGACACCAGAGGGAGAGACUUUCCAGUCUGAACACACGCUGAUGUCAGUAUCUCCAGAUGAUGAUGCAGUGCAGGAGGAUGGUGAGGAGAAGAAGAGUCCAUGGCAGAAGAGAGAGGAGCGACCCCUGCUGGCCUUCAACCUGAAAUGAUCCACAGAUGGCCCCUUAAAGGAUAGGUUCACAUGUUUUUAAAAUUUUAAAAUACCCAGAAUGCCCAUAUUGAAAGUUUUUUUGGUUGUUCCUACUUUCCAUUUAGGCCCUGAAGAAAUCAUCAUUUUCAAUGGCAAACCACAUUCCUUGUUCUUUCUGAUCCAGAAAUUCAGUUCUUUAUUAUUCUCAAUAGGAAACAGAUGGGUUAAAGUUUAAUAAUUUAAAAAACUAAUUACAAAAGGCAAAAGUCCAAUAAACUAAUUUGCAAGGAACCUAAACUCAGGCCAUACUCAAACCAUGAGGAAUAUCACUUUAAAUUUGAGAUUUAAAAAAAAGUGAACCUAUCCUUAGAUCACGACCUCCCCCUCUGCCGGGACUACAACAUGAAGGAUAUGACCAUUUAAAAUGAAACUCUUUGUUCUUUUUUGCUAGCACUGAGGAGUAUUUCAGCACUGGGAUCCCCUCUGGUCCUUAACGUGAGGGGGAGAUUCCGAUCCUUCAUGAACUUCCAUCUUCCCUUCAGGAAGUGACCACUGUCCACUUUGUCAUUCUCACGACACACUACAUAGACAGUCCACUCUUCAAGCGUGAUGUACACACAGCCUGAGGAAGGCAAAUAGACUUUGAUGGCAAGAAAUGAGAAUAUUUUAUGCACAACAAAAUAUGCCUUUUUUAUAAAUAGACUUGUGAGUGUAAAUGAACUGUAGAAACAGAUGAUGGGUGUUUGUUUUUUUCUUGAGCCAUAUUGGCCUCAGUCCACUGGCAAAACCUGGGAACACACUACCCUCAUUGAAAGAAAGAUUAUAGCCCAUAUUUAGAAAUCAUUCAGACUGAUUUUUAGAAUUAUGGAGCAGCUUUUCACAGUUGGUUUGGAAAUUAACUCUUUUUGAUGUUUUCCUGGUUUUAGUGCGAGCAGCUGCUGUUGGAUGCACCUGCACAAUGAUCAGCCCUGAUGUGAACAUGUAAAUCCUGUACUUUGAAUAGUUUUGAAUAUGUUGCUAGAAUUGAAUCUAGUUAAAGAACGCUGUACGGUUGUUUACAUGAACUCCACAGGGGGAUGAAGUUUUUGAACUGAAGAAAUGAAACCACUAUCCGCUUCUACAGCGUAAUCAGAUAAUGUGACACACCACUACGCUGGUGGAUGAGGAUCUAAGACCACUACGGAACUGUAGCUCUACCCAGAGUAAUUGUGAGGUGCAUUAAUAUGAAGGUUUUUUUUGUAUUUGGUGAACCACUGACUGGCAUAUUGUUUUUGUUCUGAUGGCUAUGCAUCACUUUUAUACGUCUUCUUGAGAUGCCUUUUUUGUCAUUUUAAUCACUAUGGUUUUAGUUGCCAACAUGAAGUAUUUUACCAAAAAUAGGCUCUUUAUUUUGUUUUAUCUUCAAAUAUUUUAAGGGCUUUUCUUCUUCACCUGCCUUAUUGUUAGUUACAAAAACAAACACACACACUAGUACAUACCUGUUACCUGAAACCAAACUGUUUUUCGCUUAAUUUCCCCUUCAUGUCUAUCAUUUCCUAAUGUUCCAAGUGCCUUUUGAACAACCUUAUUCAACCUUAUUCAUUUCUCACCUUUUUUUGCCUUCAGCUUUCCUCCACUACCUCAGCCCUCCCUUUCUCUCCCUCUUGUGAAAGAAAGCAUGCAGUAAAACUUUCCUCCGCACUACAAGCUACACUGCAGACAUCUCAGUAAAAUGUCUACCAGCUGCUGCAACAGUAAAAAUCCUCUACAGCAAUCAACAAGGCAGCGAUUUCUCUUUUUCAGUGUAGCACAAGAUACAUAAAGCUAAGUGUGACUGUAUGUAAAGCUAAUCUUCAGGUCAUUUCAAUGCAUUUUCCUUAUUUUUAUGUUUCUGGAGGGAGUGAAUGUUUGUCUCAAAUGUUUUAUGUGCACCUGUGUGUUGGUGGUAGUGUCCAUCUGCGAUGCUGCCGGCUGUGAGUUUGUGUUGUCGGACUGCGUGUUCAUGUGAGAGUGCUGACAAAUAAUCAACAGACAUCCACUCAAGAAUCAUACAGUCAUAACAAUCAGAGAGUGUAUAGUUCUUUCCUUUUCUCUACCCGUUCAAAAUGUUGCUUGAAUCGAUGUUGUGAACGACCUCUUCUGUCCCACGGCAACCUCCGCUCCGAGGGUACAGUUGGAGUAGAGCAAUCCUGUGUGUGUAAAUCAGUUGCUUGCAUUAUAUUUGAAGCCUAUUAUUCUGAAUAAACAGCCAAA